CUGGAACGGCUGGAGGAGAACGGGCACCAAGUUAAACGGCUGAAGAAAGAUGAGGAGGAUGUGGAGGAUCAGAGUAAAAAGACGCCCAAGAGGAAGAUCGUGUUGUUGAUGGCAUAUUCGGGGAAAGGCUACCAUGGGAUGCAAAGAAAUGUGGGAUCUUCACAGUUCAAGACAAUUGAAGAUGACUUAGUAUCUGCCCUUGUUCAGUCAGGCUGCAUCCCAGAAAACCACGGGGAAGAUAUGAAGAAAAUGUCUUUUCAGCGGUGUGCUCGGACAGAUAAGGGUGUGUCUGCAGCUGGACAGAUUGUGUCUCUAAAAGUCAGGCUAAUAGAUGACAUCUUAGAAAAGAUCAAUAACCAUCUUCCUUCUCACAUCAGAAUUCUGGGUCUGAAGAGAGUCACUGGGGGAUUCAACUCCAAGAACAAAUGCGAUGCCAGAACAUACUCUUACAUGCUGCCAACAUUUGCCUUUGCCCCUAAAGACCACGAUGUGCAGGAGGAGCUUUAUCGACUGGACAAAGAGACCCUCAAAAAAGUCAACAACCUCCUGGCGUGCUACAGAGGAACACACAACUUCCAUAACUUCACAUCUCAGAAAGGACCCAAGGACCCCAGUGCCAAGCGGUACAUCAUGGAGAUGCAGUGUGGAGAGCCAUUCGUCAGGGAAAACAUAGAAUUUGCAGUGAUCAAAGUGAAAGGUCAGAGUUUCAUGAUGCACCAAAUAAGGAAGAUGAUUGGGCUGGUGAUAGCGGUUGUGAAAGGUUAUGCGGACGAGUCCAUCAUAGCGCGCAGCUGGGGAGAGGAGAAGGUGGAUGUCCCCAAAGCUCCAGGACUAGGGCUGGUCUUGGAAAGAGUACACUUUGAAAAAUACAACAGACGGUUUGGAAAUGAUGGGCUGCAUGAGCCACUGGAGUGGGCAGAGGAGGAGGAGAAGAUUGCUGUGUUCAAGGAGCAGUAUAUCUAUCCUACGAUUAUCAACACAGAAAGGGAGGAGAAAUCCAUGGUGAACUGGCUAAACACCCUCUGCAUUCAUGAUUUCAGCUCUUCUGCUGCUGGGAUUCAAGCUAGCAACAAAACUUCAAAGGGGAGCAGUGAUCUUGAGGGCAGUGAUGGUUGUGGUGAUGAUUCCGACUGAGCCAGUAAAGGGCUGGAUGUGAAACCCUUACUGCUUGCCAUUCCCUUUGUCUACAAAAAAGUGGCCUUUCUAAAUUCAAGAAUCCAGUAAAGCACGGGUUUGUGUGCUUGCAGAACAUGAACUGGAUGCCCAGGAGAAACUGGGUGGGGAAAACUGCAGUAGAAAAAGCAGAAGAGGCUUUUUAUCCCACUGACUGAUGCACCUGACUGGUAUACUUGAAAAUAAUGAAACAAGAAAGAAGCUUUCUAAAAGAAUCUUGUAAUGCAGGAUAUCUUAAUACCUGUUUGAAUAAUGUUUUUAUUAUAUGUUUACCUGGAAAAUAGUAUUUUAAAUUUGUACAAUCUCUACAAAAAGGGGCAAAUAAUUUUAAUAUACUCUUUUUUUAUUAU